AUGGCGGAGGAGGAGAAGAAGCCGAACAUGGAGGGGGAGAGCAUGGCGGAAGAGGAGGGUAAGGAGGAAGCGAAGGAGGAAGCGACGGAGGAAGCGACGGAGGAAGCGACGGAGGAAGCGAAGGAGGAGGCAAAGGAUGAAGCAAAGGAAGUAGCGAAGGAGGAGGGGGUGAACGAAGCGAAGGAGGAGGGCGAGGACGAAGCGAAGGAGGAAGGAAAGGAGGAAAUCAAAGAACCAGAUGAGGAGGACAGGAAGGAAGAUGGCGAGGGGAUUCAAGAGUCAGACUUGAAAGCUGAAGAUGGGAUCAAGGAUGGUGACGACAACAAGGAAAACGCUCAAGGCUCUCAAAGUAGCCAAGAAGCAGACGGUGAACCUCCACCAGCUGAAAUGCAGCAAAGGAUCGACCAUGCUGAUACGAAGGGUAACGAAGUAGCCGACGGCCAGGUGGACGGAGAUGGCAAGGAGAUCUCAGAGGGCCAAGAACAAGGGAAGCAAGCCGUGAAGCAGGAGGGGAGCAAGGAGACAGUCACGAACCGAGAGGAAGUUGCGCAGGAGCAUUCAGCCCUGACGGUUUCGAAGCAGGAAAAAAUUCUAAGGCACAUCUUGCAAGAUCUGGACAAACAAACUCAAUGGAAGACGAAAGUGUCUGCCCUGAAGAGGCUCCAAGACAUCUUCAGCAAGGGGUCGAACCUCUCCUCUCCUCCCCUCGUGAAGAUGGUGAGGUCCACGGAGUUCUCUCGGGUUGUGUCGGAACUGUUCGGAGAGAUUCGAAGCCAGUUGGUGAAAGAGGCGGCUGACACGUUUGAGAAACUUUCCGCUCACCUUGACGACAAGAACAAGGACUUCAAGGAGUACGACCAGUUGUUCGCUGACUUUGUCGUCCCCGAGAUGCUGAAAGCUGUUUGCAAGGGAAACCCGACCAUCUCGUCCACAGCUGACUUGUCGCUCGGAAUGAUCGUGAAGAACGUCACCUCCCCGAAACUUCUUCGCAGCAUCCUUGAGCCCAUGGCAGAUGUCGAAGUUCACUCCAAGAUCCGCCUUGCCUGCGCUAAGUACCUCUGCUUCCUCCUCGACUCCUGGCCGCGCGACAAGCUGCAGCAGACAAGUCUGGACAUCUGGAAGGGCCGCAUGGACGCGGUGGAUGCGGUCGAAUUCGCCGUCCUCAAGUGCCUUUCAGACAGCAAGUCGGAGACGAGGGAAGCCGCAGGCUCUGCCUACGAGAAGUUUUCUGCCAUGUUCCCUGCCCGAGGAGCGAAGAUGAUGAGCAACAUGAGCAAGCAGCAGCUUCGCCUGGUCAGAGCAGCUGGCGAGGGUAAGGAGGAGGACGCUGAAACAGCGGGAAGGGUUGAGAGGAAGAGCAAGAGCCUGUCUCCAACCAGGAGGUCGUACCGACAGAGCGCCGCAGGGGCCGUGAGGGAACGACAGAAGGUGGAGGGGCAGCAAGACGAGCGGGGUAGGAAGAAGAAGGAGGAGCAGGGAGAGGGGCAAGAAGUGAAUGCACAGCAGCGGAUGGAGGCGAACCAGCUGAGGGAGCGAAUCUCCUUCCUGGAGGUCUCGCUGGAGAACGAGAGGAAGAAGGUGAAGAUGAUGCAGAGGCUCAAGGACGAUGCGGAGUCGUUGCUGGCGGAAGAGAGAGCAGCUCGAGUUGCCAUGGAGAAGGAGAGCCAGGCAGAUCUUGUGGGGGAGGAGGCGAUGAGGGAACAUGUCAGGAAGCUCAAGACUGAGCAGGCAAGGAACAGGAAGCUCUUCGAGGAACGGGAGAUGUGGAAGGACAAGUGCAAACAGCUCGAGCUGCAGCUGGCCAGCAGGAACGAGCAAGAGAAGAAGCAGGAGAAGAAGCAGGCGACCAAGGAGGAGAAGGAGGAGGGCAAGAAGGAGAAGGUAGCACCUGCCGGCCCCGUCGGAGACCCCGCAUACAACCGGAAGCAGGAGAAGGUGAUAUCUCAGCUGAAGAAGAAGGUGGAGGAGCUGCAGAGCAAGGAGGCCGAGCGGGACAGCCUGCAGAAGCAGGAGAUCGAAGUGCUGGAGGAGAAGCUGCGAGGGAGGGAAGAGGAGCUGGAGAGAAACAAGAGCGAGGCCAAGUUCGCCAAGGAAGACAUGAUGAGGAUGAAGGAGAGGUGGCAGCUGAGAGAGAAGGAUUGGUUCAACACGAGGAUGUCGCUAGAGCGAGAGGUCGAAGAGCUCAAGGCCCUCUGGCAGUCAGUCAGGCAAGAGGAUGAACAUGAAAGAGGCCCUCCUACCGCCUCGUCUCGUCCGAUGCCGCAGGACGAGCAGGACGAAGGGCUGGAUGAUGAGGUGCUGGAGGACCGUCACGCCCCCCGCCGGCAGCCCGACGCCAUCAGCCCAAGGGCUGAGGAGGAGCAGAGGGAGGCGCAGGAGAAGAUGAAAGAAUUGAUGGAGGAGAUCCAGAGCUUGAAAGAAAAAGUCUUGCAGCAG